GCAGGAGGCGCCGAGCCGGGCGGCCGCGGCGGAGGGCACAGCCCGGGGCCACCGCGCCGCCGAUCCCGAGCGGGAGUGGCCCCCCGCGCUGAGCCAGGAGCGGCGGCGGGCACCGCGGGGCGCAGCCUUCCUGGGGCCAGUGGCUCUGACCAGCGCGCCCCCCGGGGUGGGCAGUUGAGCCAGGCUUGGCAGGCGCGGGAGUGGGUGCGGACGCGGGCGCCUGGACCGGCGCGGGGACCCGGGCGCCGCGAUGAACAUCGUGGUGGAGUUUUUCGUGGUCACUUUUAAAGUGCUGUGGGCGUUCGUGCUGGCCGCGGCGCGCUGGCUGGUGCGGCCCAAGGAGAAGAGCGUGGCCGGCCAGGUGUGCCUCAUCACGGGCGCCGGCAGCGGCCUGGGUCGGCUCUUCGCGCUCGAGUUCGCCCGGCGCCGGGCACUGCUGGUGCUCUGGGACAUCAACACGCAGAGCAACGAGGAGACGGCCGGCAUGGUGCGCCACAUCUACCGCGACCUGGAGGCGGCCGACGCCGCCGCGCUGCAAGCUGGGAACGGUGAGGAAGAGAUUCUGCCCCACUGUAACUUACAGGUUUUUACCUACACCUGUGAUGUGGGGAAGAGGGAGAACGUCUACCUGACGGCAGAGCGGGUCCGCAAGGAGGUUGGCGAGGUCUCGGUCCUGGUCAAUAAUGCCGGAGUGGUCUCUGGCCAUCAUCUCCUGGAAUGUCCUGAUGAGCUCAUUGAGAGAACCAUGAUGGUCAAUUGCCACGCACACUUCUGGACCACUAAGGCUUUUCUUCCUACAAUGCUGGAGAUUAAUCAUGGUCAUAUUGUGACAGUUGCAAGUUCCCUGGGAUUAUUCAGUACUGCUGGAGUUGAGGAUUAUUGUGCCAGUAAAUUUGGAGUUGUGGGUUUUCAUGAAUCCCUGAGUCACGAGCUAAAGGCUGCUGAAAAGGACGGAAUUAAAACAACCUUGGUUUGCCCAUACCUUGUAGACACUGGGAUGUUCAGAGGCUGCCGGAUCAGGAAAGAAAUCGAGCCUUUUCUGCCCCCUCUGAAGCCUGAUUACUGUGUGAAGCAGGCCAUGAAGGCCAUUCUCACCGACCAGCCCAUGAUCUGCACCCCCCGCCUCAUGUACAUUGUGACCUUCAUGAAGAGUAUCCUUCCUUUUGAAGCAGUUGUGUGCAUGUAUCGGUUCCUAGGAGCAGACAAGUGUAUGUACCCCUUUAUUGCUCAAAGAAAGCAAGCCACAAACAAUAAUGAAGCAAAAAAUGGAAUCUAAGAAUCUUUUGUAUGGAGUAUCAUUUCUAUUAGAAGACGAUCAAGAUGUCACAGUCCAGUGCACAUCAGCGAUACUGACAUUCUCUGGAUUCUAAUCCUGUGUUGACUUUUUUAAUCAACUUUUAAAAAAUAAUAAUAAUAAAGUGUAAAUUAACUGACUAGAGUACUCAAAAAAUGUGAUCAGUACAGGUGAGCUUAGGUUCUUGCCGAUAGCGUCCUUUUAGACUGAACGGUCUUUACACACAGGCACUCUGCGGCAGCUUUGGGCUAUCAUUCUUUGACUAAUGAACAGAAAUUCUAGAAGUGGUAACUACAGUAUGUUUCACUUGAGUGGUUUUUUUAAACGACCAUAGAGUCCUCAUUCUUGUUAGCCUCUAGCCAGUUGACAGCCUUGUGACGUCAAGGACUGAGAGUGCUGUACUCUCUCCCGUUCCCCGAGUUGCAGUUUUGUAAAGCCUGUGUGGCGUUCUCCUGGUAUUUUUGUGCUCAGCUCUUUUGAAAAGGAAUUUUGAAAUCUCUACUGAUUCACAAUGGAUGGUGCCUGAAUGAAGGCCAUCAGGUCUCCAAGUCACAGUGACUAAAGGGUUAGCUGGAUUUUUACUUUUCUCUCUGAAAUGCUUGAUGAAGUAUCUGGAGACCUAGUUAUCCAAAAAGCUCAUACGUUUUUCUACCUAUGAAUUUUGCUGCAUACAGAAAGUGCCCUUUCCUCAGGAAGCUGCUGUUUCCUUUCUUUGAAUGGACUCUUAACUAGAAUACGUAGCAGCUCUGCAGAGAAACAGUUUCUAGAACUGGGAACUUCAACAGUGAAAAGUCCCCGUUUCUGUGCCAACCAUGAUUAGUGAGGGGAGAGGUCUCAUCCUGUGGAGUAUGUGUGGAAGGGUAUAAAGAUUCUUUGGAAAGGUUUAUUCACGUUUUAGAACAGCAGAUGACAUUUUUACAGUAUUUUUUUGUAAAGCAAACUAUUUUGUGCCUUGAAUUUGGUAUAUGUGUAUUAGUGAAACAUUGUAAAAGUGAACUUCUACCUCUGUAUCUAAAUGUAUACCAUUCACCUGUAAAUUACUAUAAACUAUUAUGUGAUUUUUUUUUUAGAAUGUCUUGUUUAGUGAGUAAUGUGUAAGGCUAUUAAAUACGCCAACUUUUACUAAUUGGGAAGUUUUAUAAAGGACUGAUUAAAUUUAAAGAAUUAACUUACAAGCUCCUGACUGUGUGAUUAUUGACAGUGUUGGACAGAAAAUUAUCACAUUGUGUCUUUGUCAUACCCUAUCUUGCCUUGGGAAAAGGAAAAUGGGUUUAGCUGGGACAGUGUCUGGGAACAGAUAGUAACAAUCUAGGGUGUCAUGCACUCAGCUUUCCAAUGUUACAACCUGCCUGCAUUGGAGGCGUUGAUCAUAGGCUUGCUUCACUCAGCACAGGAAAGCAGAAAGACUGCCACUGCCUGUGCAUUCAGGGGGCUGCAUCACAGAUCCAUCCCCACUGCACCCACAUGCAGGAAGUGCCCUGGCUGGUGACCGGCACUGGUGUUAAGGACCAGUUAUAAAUGAUAACCAAACCUCAAGGCCAUAGUAACAAUUGAAGAGUUGAGUCUCGCUUAAUUUUCAAUUAUGGAAGUAAGUACUUUGAAGCAGUCCCCUAACAUUGUGGAGUGGGAACAGACAGUACCCAGGGCUGCUUCCAGUUGGCCUGGAGCACAUACAAACCAUCCUGGAAGAAUUAGGCACAUUUUACAACAGUUGAUCAACACCAAAUCAUUUUGUUUCAUUCUCAUGUAUUGUAAUUGAAGUCUGUUUCUAUAUUUUUGUCACUGCCCUAAUAAAGUUAUCCAUAUCCAAGUUCAAUAAACUAUUUCAU